GUGGGGGGCAGGAAGCCGCCGGCGUCGCCGCCGCCACCUCCUCCGCCUCCUCCGGGAGGGCGGCUAGCCAGCACUGGCCUCGUCCCUCCUCUUCCAGCGAGCGGCAAGCAAGCAAGCAGGCGGCCGAGGCCGAGGGGGGGAAUGGUGGGGUCCGGGCCGUGGGGCCACUCGGCCUCCUACCUGGCGGGGGCGCUUGUCGCCGUCCUGCUGUCCGGCUUGGCUCAGCCCCACGAUAUAUCUAGGCGACCAGCCUCGGAUCUGAAGAUUGAUCAGGCCUUGCUACAAAUUCAUAAUGAACUGCUCCAUGAGAACUUCUCUGUCUCCUGGGUGUCAGAUUAUUGUUACCAGUGCUUGGCUCAAGAGCUGAGUUUUGUCAUCAUGAGCAGUAUUGCAACUACCCAUGUGGAUUGUCAGCAUGCCAUGACUCUAAUUGUUAAUAGUACUCCAGAAGGCAAAGAACUUUGCAGGACACAUUACCAUUUUGGAGAAUUUGGAAACUAUUCCUUAAUAGUCAAGAAUCUCCACAGCAGCAGCCUGAAGAUUUCAUGCAAUAUCGUUGUCAACCAAAAUCCUAUCAACAGCUACCUCCCUAUUUUCAUUGCAGUUCUUAUCUAUCUGGGCUUUUUCCUUAUUCUGAGAUUGGGACUAUUUCUUCUGAAUAUUGAACUGGUCAGAAAUUGGCUUUACAAGAAGAUGAAUCCUAGAGAAACUGAUCGGCUUAUUAAUUCAGAGCUUGGAUCCCCAAGCAGAACAGACUCCAUUGGUAGUGAUCACCCAGCUGGGGUGUGGAGUGCUGCUUCCUCCCUACAUCGACUCCGUUCACUGGACACAUUCAGAGGGUUGGCUCUUAUAAUUAUGGUCUUUGUGAAUUAUGGUGGAGGAAAGUAUUGGUUCUUCAAGCACCAGAGCUGGAAUGGACUAACUGUAGCAGACCUCGUCUUUCCAUGGUUUGUGUUUAUCAUGGGCACUUCCAUUGCUCUGUCGCUCAGUUCCAUGUUGAGACGAGGAUGUUCCAAGUGGCGAUUGCUGGUGAAAAUCCUGUGGAGGAGCCUCCUCCUCUUUUUAAUAGGAGUCAUAGUUGUGAACCCAAAUUACUGCCUUGGGCCUUUGUCUUGGGACAAUCUACGAAUUCCUGGUGUGCUUCAGAGACUCGGCUGUACAUACCUUGUAGUUGCUCUGCUUGAGCUUCUCUUUGCCAAACCUGUGCCUGAAAGCAGUUCUCCGGAAGCACCAUGCCCUGCUCUCCGGGAUAUUUUGCCCUAUUGGCCUCAGUGGCUUAUCAUGAUGGCGCUUGAAGCAGCUUGGCUGUGCCUCACCUUCCUGUUAAAUGUACCCGGGUGUCCAAAGAGUUACCUUGGCCCUGGAGGUAUUGGUGAUUUUGGAAACGUCUCCAACUGUACAGGGGGAGCAGCUGCCUAUAUUGAUCGCUUGAUCCUAGGAGAGAAGCACAUGUACCAACAUCCAUCUUCUAGUGUUAUCUACCUGACUACAGUGCCCUUUGACCCAGAAGGAAUUUUGGGAACAAUCAAUUCAAUCAUCAUGGCAUUUCUGGGACUUCAGGCAGGAAAAAUUAUCUUGUUUUAUAAACAUCAGCACUCACAAAUAAUGGUCCGUUUUUUCCUGUGGAGUGUAGUCAUGGGUGUCAUUUCUAUUGUGCUGACCAUGUGCUCAAAAGAUGAAGGCAUUAUUCCAGUGAACAAGAAUUUAUGGUCCAUCUCAUAUGUGACAACACUGAGCAGCUUUGCCUUUCUGCUUCUGCUAUCAAUAUAUUAUCUUGUAGAUGUCAAGAAGAUGUGGUCAGGUUCUCCAUUUUUCUUUCCAGGUAUGAACUCCAUUCUCAUCUACGUUGGGCAUGAAAUAUUUGAAGAUUACUUUCCUUUUAAGUGGCGGAUGGUGAACCCACAAUCACAUACUGAACAUUUGGCUCAGAACCUAAUUGCCACCUCCCUAUGGGUCUUCAUAGCCUAUGUACUCUACCGGAAGAGAAUAUUCUGGAAAAUCUAACUGACUCAAUAAUAGGUCAAGAACUUGGGGGGGAGGGGCUGAAAUACCUCUACCAUGUUACAGGUUUUUUAAUGGAUCAUAUGGUUGGUUUACAUUCCAGGUCAUCUUUAACUGAGACGUGCCUAUUUAAGAUUUUGUGACUCAUUUGUCAUUUAGCUGAAACACAGCUUUGUUUAAACUUUGUCUACAGAUUCACUGUAUUAUUCCAUUUCUGAAUAAACAUACUGAAUAGCUCUUAAAC